CUUUACUUCCACAUUCCGUUAGACAGAGUUUCUGAAAGAAAGUUCAGGACGCAGUUUUAGUCCGUGCUUGCUGCUGGUUCAUCCAACGGGUGGGUUAUCAGAGAAUCGACACAAAUCACGAGAUUUUUCGAACAGGAUUCACAAUCAGAAGAAGUAAGUCAAACGUGAUGUUCUUAAACUCUGUGUUAUCCAGUGAUGAUGAGUUGUGGAGGAAGGAUAAAACCAAUUCAAACAAGUCGGUGGAGCAAUUGCAGUAUCUUUACGUGAGAGUUGUGAAAGCACGAGACAUAGGACUCUUUGGAGAGGUUAAGUUAGUUGCUGAAGUGAAACUUGGCAACUACAGUGAAACCACAAAGCCCACUCCCCAGAUCAUGAGAUAUGCCGAAUGGAAUAAGGUCUUUGCAUUCUCCAGAGAAUGCAUAGUGUCAUCAACAGUGCAAAUCAUUGUCAAAGAAACCAAUGAAAAAGAAGAAGACAAAAUCAUUGAAGAAGAAGAAGACGCAAUCACUGAAGAUGAAGAAGAUCAAGAAAUCAUUGAAGAAGACCAUGAAGAAAAAAUCCUUGAAGAAGAGGAAGAGGAAGAGGAAAGCUAUAUGGGUCGAAUUUCUUUUAGUUUGAGUGAAAUUCCUGUUAGAGCAGCAGCGGAUGGAGAGAUGGCUCCAAAGUGGUACGGAAUGGAGGACAAGAACGGUGAUAAGGGUAAAAGAAAUGGGAAGAUAAUGGUAUCAAUAUGGUUUGGAACACAGGAAGAUGAAGCAUUUGAAGAGGCAUGGAAUUCCAAAACAGCGGAAAAUGUUCCUUCUGAUAAGCUUAGCCUAAUAAAAUCCAAGAUUUAUGAUUCCCCAAAGCUAUGGUAUCUAAGAGUUUCAGUUAUUGAAGCAGAACACAUCAUGCCAGCGCAUAAAGGCGCAGAUAAGGUGAGGUUCCCUCAGUUUUAUGCCAAAGUCCAAGUGGGAAGCCAAAACUGGCAAACUGUUGUUGCAACUUCCAGUGCUACUCGAAGCUUCUCGAGUCCUUACUGGAACGAGGAGUUCUUGUUCGUGGUUGAAGAAGACGGUUUUCUAAAUAAUUCAUUGUUGGUUUCCGUUGAAGAUCUACUUGAGCCACGGACAAGUGAGGUGGUGUGCAAGGUGGAAGUUCCAAUUGAUACCAUAGAAAAGCGAGUUGACGAAAGGGUUGUUGCUUCGCAAUGGUUUAGCCUUGAAAGCCUCUUUGGGAAAGAAGCUACAAGGUAUGUUCCUCGUGUGCACCUACGACUUUCACUUGAUGGAGGGUACCAUGUGUUUGAUGAAAUGACAACGUAUAGCAGUGAUGUUCGGCCCAGUGACACAACUCUCUGGAAGCCCCAAAUUGGUGUGCUUGAGAUUCGAAUCUUGAGAGCCAGUUGUCUUAUGAAAAAAACCACGAAAGAUGGUAGAACACUUGCAACUAAUGCCUAUUGUGUUGCAAAGUAUGGGCAAAAAUGGUGUCGGACUCGUACUGUGAUUGAUAGCUUAUCACCUGAGUGGAAUGAGCAAUACAAUUGGGAGGUUUAUGAUCUUAGCACUGUAGUGACUGUUGCGGUUUUUGACAACUAUAGGUUCUUUGGUAAGAACACCAAACAUGCUGGAAUUGCCGACAAAUCUUUUGGUAAAAUAACAAUCGGUGUGUCUACCCUAGAAAAUGAUAGGCUCUACACUCAAUCUUAUCCUCUGCUGAUCGUGGUUCCAUCUGGAGUAAAAAAUAUGGGAGAGAUUUAUUUGAGUAUCAAGCUUUCAUGUUCCAAUGUAACUAACAUGCUGCUUAGGUACGCAAUGCCAUUGCUGCCCAAGAUGCAUUAUGUGCAUCUCUUGACGGAAACGCAAGUAUAUCACUUAAAGUUAGAGGCCAUUAGAUUGUUGGAAUUAAGGCUGAGGAAAGAAGAGCCACCAUUGGGCUGGGAGGUAGUGUCGUACAUGCUCCAAGAUAGUGAAAAAUGGAGCUUGAGGAGAAGCAAAGGUAACCUUUUUAGGGCGGUGCACGCAAUGGACAGAGUUAUUGCCACGGGAAAAUUUCUCAAAGCAAUCCAAGAAUGGGAGAAACCAUUAUAUUCAAUAACGUUCUUGAUUAUCUUCAUUGCUCUAGUAUUAUUUCCGGAGUUUAUCAUUCCAGCCAUUAUUUUCAUCGUAGCAUUUAUGGGGCUUAGAGGUUAUUAUUAUUUACGACCGCAACACUAUCCUCCCUCGGGUAUCGACCAGUUGGGUGCUGACCAAAUGAACCCUGAUGAGUUUUACGAGGAGUUCGAUCCGUUCCCCACGAUUUGUCCUGAUAAUGUUAUUAGGAUGAGGUAUGAUAGGCUGAGAACGAUAGCAGCGAGGGUUCAAACUUUGAUGGGGGAUACAGCAGUACAACUUGAGCGAUUCCAUGCACUGAUAAGUUGGAGUGAUCCAAGAGCUACUUUCUUGUUUUUGGUGUUGUGCUUGCUCGCUGCUGUUAUUUCCUAUCUUGUACCCCUUCGGGUUUUAAUUGCUUUAUUCGGAAUGUACUCACUGAGACCACCAUGGUUUAGAAGCAAAUUGCGCUCGUCAAUGAUCAACUUCUUCACAAGAUUGCCAACUGCUGAAGGGUGUUCUGAACGUAAUCCUGUCGCAUGGGGAGAAUUAUUAGUACUUAUUGUUUGUCUUCAGUGUGGUUCUGAAAAUGUCAAACUGGUCUAAACGUAAACCAGUUGCGUAACGGUUUCAGCUCAUUGGGAAAACGGCUUACGAGAAAACCGUAAUCCUAUCGCAUGGAGCGAAUUAUUAAUACUUAUUGUCGGUCUUCGGAAAUGUUUAACAAUAAAAAGCAAU